GCGGGCGGUUCACGGAAGAGAAGCUUGAAGUGGCGUCUCUAAGAAGAGUGAAUAUAUUUCAAAUAUAUAACAUAAACCAGGGAUAUUGUGUGCAUCGGCCGGGAGAUAGGGAGACGCUGGAGAAGAGGCACGCGAGAUGUCUGCUCAAGCUCAAAUGAGAGCUCUGCUCGACCAGCUCAUGGGAACAGCGAGGGACGGUUCAGUAUCUUUGCCAGCCUACAUCAAUCUGCAAAGGAGUUGCAGAAAGCCUCAUGUUCAUCGAGCCGCGAUGAGACGCGGCAGCGCGUCAAGUUCACGGACGAGCGAGUCUGCAAAAGCCACCUGUUGAACUGCUGCCCUCAUGACAUCCUGUCUGGAACGCGCAUGGACCUGGGGGAAUGCUCCAAGAUCCACGACCUGGCUCUGAGGGCCGACUACGAGAUCGCCUCCAAGGAUCGGGACCUGUUCUUUGAGCUGGACGCGGUGGACCACCUGGAGUCUUUCAUCGCAGACUGCGACCGCCGGACGGAGCUGGCCAAGAAGCGUCUGGCGGAGACGCAGGAGGAGAUCAGCGCUGAGGUGGCGGCCAAGGCGGAGAAGGUCCACGAGCUGAACGAGGAGAUCGGCAAGCUGCUGGCCAAGGCGGAGCAGCUGGGAGCCGAGGGCAACGUGGACGAGGCCCAGAAGGUCCUGCAGGAGGUGGAGAAGGUCCGCACCACCAAGAAGGACGCCGAGGAGGAGUACAGGAACUCCAUGCCCGCCUCCAGCUUCCAGCAGCAGAAGCUGAGGGUGUGCGAGGUCUGCUCUGCCUAUCUGGGUCUCCAUGACAACGACCGCCGCCUCGCUGAUCACUUUGGCGGGAAGCUGCACCUGGGCUUCAUCCAGAUCCGAGAGAAGCUGGACCAGCUGAAGAAAACGGUGGUGGAGAAGCAGGAAGUGAGGAACCAGGAGAGGCUGAAGAGGAGAGAGGAGCGAGAGAAGGAGGAGAAGGUGAAGAAGAGAACCAGAUCAAAGAGCAAAGAGCAUAAAAGGUCCCGCUCCCACGAGCGCCGUGCUAGGAGGCGGUCGCGAUCCCCGUCCCGCGAGAAGAAACGUUCUGCGUCCCGCGAGAAGAAACGUUCUGCGUCCCGCGAGAAGAAACGUUCUCCGUCCAGGGACCGCGAGAAGAAACGUUCUGCAUCCCGCGAGAAGAAACGUUCUCCGUCCAGGGACCGCGAGAAGAAACGUUCUGCAUCCCGCGAGAAGAAACGUUCUCCAUCCAGGGACCGCGAGAAGAAACGUUCUGCAUCCCGGGACCGCGAGAGACGGCGGCGCCACCGCAGCCGGUCCCGUAGCCGCAGCCACCGCCACGAGCAGAGCUCCAGACACAGGGAGCGCAGAGACGUCGUGAACGGUCGGUCGGACCCCCGGCGAGCGGACGAGCGGGGUUCAGGAGACUUCUGAUGUCCACCCCCCCUCACCCUCACUCCUGGGGAGGCGGAACCCAAAUGUGUCACCGUACGGCCGCAAGCCCCGCCCCCUAGAGUCAUGACUUAUUUUUUCAUUUUUAAUUGACGGCUCUUCCAGCCAACAGCCUUCAUUCUCACCCCACUCCCACACUUCAUCCAUUUAUAUACACUUAUUCUGUUUGGUCCAAUGUGUAAAAAAAUUAAAAAGGGCCGCCCACCAUCCAGGGAAAAGGUGAUUGAACCUGUAUGCAACUGGAUCUGUGAGCCUCCCCACGGUCCCUUGGGUUAGACCUUGGUUUAGACACGGUCCCUUGGUUUAGACACGGUCCCCUGGUUUAGCCCUUGGUUUAGACACAGUCCCUUGGUUUAGCCCUUGGUUUAGACACGGUCCCUUGGUUUAGACCUUGGUUUAGACACGGUCCCUUGGUUUAGCCCUUGGUUUAGACACGGUCCCUUGGUUUAGACCUUGGUUUAGACACGGUCCCUUGGUUUAGACCUUGGUUUAGACACGGUCCCUUGGUUUAGACACGGUCUUUGAUACACAUGAUGAAUGUAAAUAGACGUUGGAUAUGAAGGAGGCUGUUAUGUCCAGCUGCUCUCUUAAGACGCCAUGUUUAAGUUUGUUAUCCUACACCAACCUCAAUAAACACAUUAAUACGAUUAUUAUUCUGCACCAAGCUAAGAAACACAUUUAAAUAGUUUAUUAUCCAUCACCAAGCUAAAUAAACACAUUCAGCGCUUGUGUCCGUUUCCUUGGGGUAUAGCGUUACCUUGGGGGUUAGCGUUACCUUGGGGGUUAGCGUUACCUUGGUGUUUAGCGUUACCUUGGGGGUUAGCGUUACCUUGGUGUUUAGCGUUACCUUGGUGUUUGCCGUUACCUUGGGGGCUAGCGUUACCUUGGGGGUUAGCGUUACCUUGGGGGUUAGCGUUACCCUGGGGGUUAGCGUUACCCUGGGGGUUAGCGUUACCCUGGGGGUUAGCGUUACCCUGGGGGUUAGCGUUACCCUGGGGGUUAGCGUUACCUUGGGGGUUAGCGUUACCUUGGGGGUUAGCGUUAGCUUGGGGGUUAGCGUUACCUUGGGGGUUAGCGUUACCCUGGGGGUUAGCGUUACCCUGGGGGUUAGCGUUACCCUGGGGGUUAGCGUUACCCUGGGGGUUAGCGUUACCCUGGGCGUUAGCGUUACCUUGGGGGUUAGCGGAGGGAGGCUGAGGGAGCCGCAUGGCGUCGAGGGGCAAGCAGUUUUUUUUUAAUUGGUGCAAGACGUGCUCGUAUUAGAAUUGAUUUGAUAUAAUAGUAGAGGAACUUGGUAUAGAUGUGAAGUAAUUGGCAAACGGUCUUUGGUAUUUUUUGAAAUUUGUACGUAUCCAUUUCACAUGUUGCUUCGUGAGUUGUAAUGGUUUGAAGACCGUGGUGAAGUCGUCAUGUUGCUUAUUUACCUUUUUUUUGCGGAAAUACUUUUUUGAAUCCCCAAUAAAAUUAUUCCAGCCUUUUA